AUGAAGUACAUCCAAACCGACCAAACCCUAGAUAUCCCAGAAGGUGUCACUGUGAACAUCAAGGCCAGAGAGAUCAAGGUCACCGGUCCAAGAGGUGUCUUGACCAAGAACUUGAAGCACAUUGAUGUGACUUUCGCCAAGGUCAGCAACAGACAGCUAAAGCUUACCGUCCACAACGGUGACAGAAAGCACGUUGCCGCUUUGAGAACCGUCAACUCUUUGGUUUCCAACAUGGUCACUGGUGUGACUAAGGGUUUCAAGUACAAGAUGAGAUAUGUGUAUGCGCAUUUUCCCAUCAACGUGAAUGUUGUUGAGAAGGAGGGUGACAAAUUCGUCGAGAUCAGAAACUUCUUGGGUGACAAGCUCGUCAGAUUGGUGCCAGUUAGAGAGGGUGUCUCCAUCGACUUCUCCGCCAACCAAAAGGAUGAGAUCGUCUUGUCUGGUAACUCCAUUGAGAACGUUUCUCAAAACGCCGCCGACAUCCAACAAAUCUGCCGUGUCAGAAACAAGGAUAUCCGUAAGUUUUUGGAUGGUAUCUACGUUUCCGAGAAGGGAUUCAUCGAGGAAGAGUCUUAA